CAAAAAAAAAAACGUGCUGUCAAAGUCGCGCUGAUUUUUGAUUUUACUUAGUUUUCUGUAAUAUAUUUCCAUAAUCGAUAUGGUUAACGUUAAAAAGGAAGUAACUUGCGACUAUUGUGGCACUAGCAAUGAGCCCGGACAAAUGUUGUCCGCCAAAAAGGCAUACUUUGGCAGCAAAGUUAGCGACGUUCUGCACACCAUCACAAAACGCAAUAUUCCCUCUACUUUGUCCAUCAAGGUGUGCUUCAUUUGCUUCUCGAAGUUUGUGCAGUGCGAGCGCACAAUACAAAAAAUUCAGGAAUUUGUCGACCAGAGCCUCGCGCCUUCGGGCGGCAAAAAAAAGAGCGCGAAAGAUGAUGAAGAAGAUGAAGUAGUGAACUCUGAGGAGGUAAAAAAAAAGAAACCGAUGAAGAAGCGCAGCUUCUCUGUGCCUGGACUUGGUACAUUGCAGCCGCCGACGAUAAUCGAGGCACCACAGCAGCCCAAAUGCUCCACAGGGAAGCCAGACUCUGACAUUCUGGACAACUCUGUGGUAUUGAAGCCUGCCAAAACAUCCGACAACAAGAAAAACAAUUCGAUUCUGAGUAUAUUUGGUCGAAGAGCCACUACUGCUGCCGAUGACUCAGAGGAGGAGGAUGAAGAGGAGCAAAGCGAAACGGAGGAGAAGGAACUGCCGCAGAGCAGCGCCCUUUUUCCUGCCAUAUUUGAAUGCAGGCGUUGCGAUUUUAAAGUCAGGUACCAAAAGCCAAUGAAACAGCAUUACAAGCAAGUCCAUGGACAGCAGCGUCCCAGGAUCUACUUUUGCCCAAUGUGCGCAAAAUCGUUCGGUGUUGCCAAAACGCUCAAGGAACACGCCAAGGCGGCCCAUGGCAUAGAAGACAAGCCAAAGGAAAAAAGCGGCGCUGGCAGGGCCAAGACGGUCGAGAAGGAGCUGCCGGCUGCAAGGAAAAGGAAAAAGUCUGAAAUGGAUGUGGAGGUGGCGAUCAAGGGAAUAGCCGAGGUUGAUGAAGAGCUUGCUAUCGAAGUCAUAGAGGCAAAAUCUCCUCUUAAAGCGCAGACGUCUCUUCUUAAGCAGCAGCCACGGACUCCGUCCUCGCCACAGACUCCUGUUAAGCCCCCGAAGACUCCACUGAAGCUACAAACUGAGGUACAAAAUGUGGACAGCGAGAACAAUAAUCAGUCGUUAGCCGUCAUCCGAGCGUUGAACGAGCACAAAAAGAAGAAGAAUGUGACCAACACGGAUUACACCUUUGCCAUCAACGACUCGAGUGCCUCGACGCCAAAGCAAAACGGCGAGCCAAUGCCAUCGACUGACCCGCUGAUCUGCAGCAUUUGUGAUGCGGAGCAGACGUCAGUCAAGACGAUGCAACGUCACAUGUCCACGUCCCAUGGCAUUGACAAGCCAAAGAUAUUCAAGUGCACGAAAUGCGAAAAGUCGCUGGCCAGCAAACAGUCGCUCAAUCAUCAUUUGACCUGGCAUUUGGCCAAUCCCCAGGCAGAGGUAACAUCCAAACGGCAGAUACUACAAGGAGAGGGACCUCCCAACAAGCGGAACAAGACCAAAGAAGCGGAAGACGAGUCCAAUGAUGUGGCUGAUGGGGCUGGGUCUUCGCUCAAGCAGAGCAAGAAGCUGUCCGAGACCACCAACGAUGUGACUGGCGGUAAUGCUUCGCCCAAGAAAAGCAAGAAGCUUUCUGAGACCGCCAAUGAUGUGGUUAUGCCUUCGCCAAAGAAAAGCAAGAAGCUUUCAGAGACCACCAAUGACGUCGCUGAGUCUUCGCUCAAGAACACCCCCCCUAAAGAGCUGACGGUCUCGCUGUUAUCAGACGAGGAAAAGUGGAUUUUCCCGCGGCCCAAGAAGACAAAGAAGGACCGCAAGGAGUCGGAGUCUGUCAACAUCUCGAAUGGCAACGACCUUAAUGUGUCGCAGAGCUAUCCGCUCGACGAACUGGCCGAAGUAAACCCCACAGUGCAGCCCCACAAGCGUGAAAUGUUAGCAUCCCUUUGCGAGUCCACCACCGCCGAUGAAUCCGAGUUCAAUUGCAGCCAGUGCCCAAAGAGCGUUAAGUCGCAGCGACGUCUCGAAUCGCACAUUACCAAAAUGCAUGGAAGGUCGCUCAAGUGCAGCAACUGUUACAACAAAUUUCACACUCGCCAGACCUACGUGGUGCACUUCGGAGAAUGCGAAGGGGAGGGCUCGGAGUCAGGCCUGCCGUGUGGCGUGCGCAAGUGCACAAAGGUCUUUAAGACUGUGCCAUAUCUGGAGGAUCAUUUGAAGAAGCGCCAUCAGUGGUAGGCGGCAAAGCAGCAGAAGGGAAGCCAGAAGACACCUAGAGUAAGAGAAGCUGCCAUGGAAGGUGACGCCUUUUUUUGUUGUUAAAUGUAAAAUGUACAUCGAAUGAAUGUGUACAUAAAUCAGGUGACAGUAGACACAAUUAUGUACACAUUCAUUCGAUGCACAUUUAAAAUUUAACAACAACAAAAGGCGUCACCUUCCAUGGUGCCUAAGCACCUAAGUUAAGAGAAGAUGACGCCUUUUGUUUUGUUAAAUGUAAAGUGUACAUCGAAUGCACGUGUACAUGGCAUAAGUUUAGUUUAUAAUCGUUUUUCUUAGAAAUAAAUGUAGACGCUAAAGAA